CAUACCCAGAAAGCAUGAGAAAGCAUGUUCAGAUGUUCUCCACGAAUUUACUUCUAUAAUAGGCAAAUUACUUAUAUUGUUACGCCCAGAAGACAGUCUAUUUUAUUCACUAGAGUAGCUGACAAAUAGAAGUAUACAUUUAUUAUCAUGUCGUGUGCAGUUGACGCGCAGAAUUUGAUCUCUAUUUCUUUGCGGAAAAUACAUAACUCCAGAACGCAGAGGGGAGGUAUCAAGCUCCACAAGAACUUGCUGGUCACAUAUGUCCUGAAAAACGCUAGAGAUUUUUACAUGAGCAUGGAGUUUGCAGAAAUGUACAGCUGCCUACAGCAGAACGGGGAGAUGAUAACUGUCUGUGAUGAAAAGCAGGACUCUUUUGAAAUGACCGGGAACUGUGAGGAUCUAGCUGGUGAGUUUUGCUGCAACUACACAGGGGAUGUGUUGGACACUUACCACUGCGCAGCGCCACAAUCGGCUUGCCACCCAGCAAUGGUGCCCGAAGCGCACAUCCAAACGGCAUCUGCCUGUUUCAUGGCUCCUGUCUAUCAAUGUGACUCUAACCUCAAGUACUCGGGUGUCUGCUGGGACUGUUAUGCGGAACCUUACACAGCCAACCGGGACAUUCCUGUCUCAAACACACACAACCAAAAGACUGUAUUGGACUUGGACACACAUGUGGUGACUACUGUCGAGAAUGGAUAUCUUCCCCCAGACUACUGCUUGUCAUUAAAACAACAUGGUCAGGGCCCGCAAAGUUCUCAUAAGAAACGAAAAAUGUAUUCAAGUGAUGCUUCUGAUUCCGAUUAUCUGUCAGACUUUGUGCCCAUGUCAUGCAAACGCAUUAGGUCUGAUGACGUUUCUUGUAAUUCCGAACAACUGGACACACCGAACAUCUCCAACCUCAUGUCAGUGUUAGGCUCGGGGUUUACUGAGCUGUUGAACUUCCAAACGGACGUGGAACAGGUAGUAAAUGGACAAACAAACUGUUGUAAACAAGCACUGGCGGGCAGCGGUGCAUGGACCAGAGCAAUUGAGGCUUUUUGAUUGACACACUUUAACUUUUUCUACAAACCAUUGGUGGUCUCAAAUAAAAUACACAAUUGAUAUACUUAACACUGUUCUGCUCGCUUUCAAUUUAAAAGCUGUUGAACUCAAUUUAAAUUGUACUUUGGGGAGAGGGCUUGCGCAAUAUGUGCAAUGACCUAUAUUAACCAUGGAUUGCUGAUGCUAUGUAUGCCUAUUGGCCAUUUAGAGGCUUUGAAGCCACGGGCCGGCCAUAUUGGCAUUCCCCAGUACUUGCAGUCCUCGGUGGCAAUGAAUGGAAUUUUACAGCAUUUCAUUGAAAUGUUUCAAGGGCAAAAUUACAUGUAUUUAAGAAUUUGUGUUCUUGUAUUGGGGAUAGUAAUGUCCCAAAAAAUUGACUUUAAGGAAUUUUUUUCUACAUAUUUUCACAUUUUGAAUGUGUAUCUUACAUUAAGGUGUCUGUAAUAAAAUACACGUGGCAAACAAAU